AUGUUGAAGGAAACAUUGGAGAAUUUUUGCGUCGUGGAGGUGAAUCCAGGUUGUUGUUGGGCUUGUUCAGCUUCCGCCAUUGGUGGGAUCGAAGUGACUGAUUGUGGGAUAUUCUCGUCUUCUAGUCUAAUCUAUAACAUAAAGAGAAGGAUGUUGGACAUAAAUCUGAUCAGAGAAGAAAAGGGUGGCAACCCGGAGAAGGUUAGGGAGUCUCAGCGACGUCGUUUUGCUGACCCUGGUCUGAUCGAUGAGGUCAUUAAGCUCGACAAAGAAUGGCGACAGCGUCAAUUUGAGCUGGAAGGAUUGAGGAAGGAUUUUAAUAAGAUUAAUAAAGAGGUUGCCCGACUCCGAAUUUUAGUGGAUAACAAUAAAUGUGAAGCCCCAACUCUACGUCUCUCUUGGAUGUCAACUUGCGCUCUUACUUUAAAGGCAACUAAAACUUUCAAGAAGACUCUGAAAGAAAGUGAAGCCUGUACUUUGAGUCGUGGCACUUCAGGGAAUGCCAAGGAGUAG